AGUGACGUAGCUACAUCAUUCCUUUUCAAGCGUGCGACUUAGUCUCGGACUUUGCGUUGUGUAAUCAGCGGUCUGGCUCAGAUCAAAUUCGGCGAUCUGUUUCUGCCGUAGUCUAGAUUGCGAGUCGUGCUAUUGAUGAUGGAAAACAUACAAUUUCGAACAUCGAAUUCAUUUCUGCUGCUUUUUGUUUGUGGGGUAUCCUGUUACAGUAAGUCCACCAAGUUUGACAUCUCCGUGCCCCCAAGUCCUCAGGUGCGUGUGUAUGGGCAGGCCAUGGUGCUGCCCUGCACUUUUCCUGUGGGGAACUCCUGGGAUCCAAGCAGCAGUGUAAUCACUUGGCAGCGCGGUUCUGAGGUCGUCCACAGCUUCUACCACGGCCGAGACCAGCUGGCCCGCCAGGGCCUUCACUAUGCCAACCGCACUAGAUUGUACCAUGAUGAAAUGGAGAGGGGCAAUGCAUCACUCAGGCUAGAACGUACCACCCUAGGGGACGCGGGGUACUACACCUGUUCUGUCACCACUCAGAUAGGCAGCCAGAAGAAGAGUUUCAGUGUGAAAAUAGGAGCCUUCUACCUGGAGCCCUUCAUCCAUGUGUCCCUGCUCAGUAAUGGAAGAAUAGACCUGCUGAUCAGCUCACAGGGAGGAUAUCCUUCCCCUUCAGUGCAGUGGCUGAUGGGAGACAAGGAAGACCUCACCAAUGUCACAUUCACACAGCUCGAGCAAGACAAAGACACUAAACUCUAUAACAUGAACAGCAAGCUAAACCUUACUAGUGUUAUCAACACUUCCAUCACUUUCAUUCUGAAGAAUGAAGAACUAGGGCAGGAGAUCAGGAGGAACAUCAAUCUGUUCUCAGAUGGAAGAAAUUUCAAGAGGUCUGACACAAGAAUUGUGGGAUUUUAUGUUUUGAUUGGAGUUCUGCUCAUUGGGGUGACUUUAGCAGCAGUCUUCAUUCUUCGACAAAGGAAACAAAACAGCUUCCCAAGUUACAACUCUAAAGGGACUGCUGGGUCACCAGACUGUCAGGGAACGCCGAGUAAAGAAACCACACCAGACAAAACUUGGAAUCCUACAGAAUUAGCCCUGUAUAGAUCGGCAGUAGUAACAAGUCCAUCCAUCGAGUCUCAAAAUGGCCAUGGAGACUGCAAUGGAUAAAUGGCACAAAGGUCUAGAGGCACUGUGGGUUGUUAGACCAGAUAUAAGGUGUGCAUGUACACUGGGUGUACUUUCAUAAACAGUCCAUAGAGUAUAGUAUGUACAGGCUUUGCACUGUUAAAAGAUUUUGUCCAGUCUGAUUUUCAAAGAGUGAUUUUGCCUUGUUGCAAAAUGCCUCCUAAAAACCUUUUAGAUGUUUUUUUUUUUUUUUAUUUUAGACGGUUAUAUACUGAGUAAGUGCAAAAAUGGAUCACUUUUUAAUAUGGUAUUGCAAUAGAUUUGGUCAUAUCUCCCUUUGUAUGGUGUAGUGAUGAAUGACUGACUGAGCUCGUAGUCCUUGGGAAAAUUCACAUUUAAUAUUGUAUUUAAUGAUGCAUUUUAGAGUACUCAUUUGCAAUAUGUUAUUUACUUGUUCUGUUUCCACUACCAAACCAGGCAUUUUGUUAUGAUAUUGCAUUAAUUUAACCUCCUUUUAGUAAAAUAACAGUAUCCUUUUAUACUAACCCUGUUAAAGCAUCACAGGCCACACCUCCCUGGUAACAUAUAUAACAUGGUAACAUUGUUCUUUUAUAACCAAGUAGUGUGGUAUUCAUAAUAUGUUUGCUUCAUAAUAAAUCAAAUAAGCUAUCAAAAAUGUCUUCAUUGUUGCACUUUUUUUUCUCCUUUUUUUUCUUAAAAUUAGACUAAUUUUCUUCCAGCAUUAGAAUUCUAAAAAUAAAAACUUGUCAUUGGGAGAGGAAAAACCUGAGUCAUUAUCCUCACGCUUGAUACUAUGACCUAGCAUUGUUGCAUUUUACUUGUAUGGGGUAGUGUUACUCAACCAGUUGAAUGGAAAGUAUAAAAAAGGUCAAAACCAUAAAAAUAUAUGCCCUCCCAUCAUCAGAUACACAGCACGCACCAUAAACUGGCAGUUCCCAACAUCAAGUCCAGAAAAUGCCUCACAAAUGAAUCCAAAGGCUGUACAUCAGUGAUGAGGACUGAUGGAGGCCUACAACCAGUAGAGAGAAGCUUGCUCAGAUGCAUCCUGCUGGAUGUUAGUCAAAAGUAAGGUGUUCCAUGAAUCAGAUGCUCUGGGAGCGCUGGACCAGCCAACGCUCAGGUGCAACAACAUCCAUCUGUAACAAAAAGCAGCACCGCCUAUUAGUGCUCAGCCUGUGUAGUCAGUGUCUGCCGCUUCAACUCAAAGUCGAAUACGGGUCUGGCUCAGGAGGCCGGGGCAGCCGAGGACUAC